AUGGCAAUGAAGACGUCUAGGUACUCCGCUUCCCGACAGAAGGCAUGCCAGCAAUGCUCAAGUGCCAAAGCAAGAUGUGAUCGUCAACACGGUCCUUGUGUGAGGUGCACACGGCGCGGCCUGUCGUGUGUAUACCCUCGGACAGCAAGGUCCGAAAGCCCUCUUAUAGGGAGCAACCCGGUUAAUAAUUUGAGAACCGAUCGGGUCAACACGAGCACCCUCGCUACUGAAAGAGAGAGACUGGCUGGCUCCAUGCAUGUGCCUGAGGGAUUGGAUGAUCUCAAUUUCUCGGGUCUUGAGCUGAUCUGUCCCAUCGACGAUACUGCUAUAAGCAAUCGCUGGCUGAACCCUUAUAUUCCUGUUCCCGGACAAGCAGUCAAACAGUAUCCUACCAACGUCAAUGCUUUCAUUUACCGGAUUUUGAAGUCUUACGCGGCCGUGGCAGCCCACGGUCGGGGGAUUCUGCCCUUCGUCCAUCCUAUUCAGAUGAGACCGCGACCGGUAGGGUCACCUCUUGCUUCUUGCUUGAGCCUAGUCAGGGUCUGCUCAAGUCCCCUACCGGGUAGUGAAGCAACUGCGGCCAGUGUGUUGCAACGAGAAAUGAACGAUAUUUUCAAUCAAUGUGAGGAAUUUGAUGACGAGGAUCAGUUGGCUGCGUUUCAAGCCUAUCUAAUUUACGCCAUGGUACUUUUUUUCCGACUCAGCGAAGCUUAUAAUGAUGUCUUUCGCGGAACGAUGAUGAAUCUCCAAAACCUUGCCCGCUCCUCGACUCGGCGUGGGGUUGUGUGUGCGGCCGAUCAACGAAGGGUGCGCCCCAGAUGGGAAGAAUGGGUCAUUACUGAGACCAAACGACGGGCACUCUACGUGAUGUAUCUUUUCGACAGCAUCCUCUCGACGCAAGAAGGUCUUCCCACCUUUCUCGGUACCGAACUUGAGGGACUACCUGCUCCGGCUAAUAAGUUGUUAUGGCAAGCGCAAAGCCGCUACCAGUGGGAACGCGAGUAUCACGUCCACAUGGCGGAAUGGGCGGAAGGCGGCCUUACGAUUGACGAACUUUGGCCUGUUCCUACUGGCUUUGGCGAAACUCAACUCGCCAGGAGACGUGCCCGGGUGGAUCAAUGGCUCGAAAAUACCGACGAGUUUGGGACUAUGCUUUGCGCGGUUACGACAUGUACACACGGUGACUGA